UCACAGUGAUGUGAACAAUGGACUGGGUUCUGACCAAAAGUCAGACACUGAGUCAGUUUUCUCCCUUCUUGGCAAGGUGCUGUCUGAACGUUGUCCAGUUUUGCUUUAUUUCUGCAGUGGGCAGGAAUGUAGACACCCAUUUGCCGCUUAGCCAGUCCACUGUCCCUCUGUGGAUCAGUGAACAAUGUUGAAAUUUCUUCUAGCACAAGUCAGGAGAUUCCCCUGGGUCACCAAUGUUGUGUGGUACAGCUGCAUCUUCACAGCGGGAGACCUGGCCCAGCAGAAGCUGCUGAAGAAGGAAAAGGUUGACUUGAAACAGACUCGGAACGUCGCCCUCCUGGCCUUCAGUUUCCAUGGCAACCUCUUCUAUAUGUGGCUGAAGCUGAUGGAGCACAUGUUCCCUGGAACGGCACCAAGCAACGUCCUGCGGAAAGUGGUGUGUGACCAACUGGUAGUAACUCCCACUGGCAUCAGCGGCUUUUACAUUGAUCAACUUGACAUUGUCUCGAUGGCUGACUUGACCAUGACACCAGAUGAAAUUGAAAUGGAAAUGGUGCGAAUCCAGCGUCUUCGGGAGGUGUUGGUCAGGAGGGAAUCAGAACUCCGAUUUAUGAUGGAUGACAUUCAGCUCUGUAAAGAUAUAAUGGAUCUGAAGCAGGAACUCCAGCAAUUGGUCUCAAUUCCAGAGAAGGAAAAAUGCACAGAAGACAAGCAAAAAGAGGAUGUACUUAUCCACAAAAUCCAGAAAUUAGUGCAAAAAAGGGACUUUCUGGUGGAGGAUGCAGAAGUGGAGAGAUUAAGGGAAAGAGAAGAGGACAAAGAAAUGGAAGAGUUUCUCCAAUCAAAGUUACGGCCACUGAAAAAUCUACCUAAGGUACCUUCAGAGUCUCCAACAGGGAAGCCUGUGGUUCCUGAACCCCCAGCAAUCAAACCGUCAAUUACCAAAGUGGGAAUGGCACUAAUAAGAGAUUGCUGUGGAACUACACAGUGCAGCGUAAUGUAGUUUUCACCCAAGUUUGACUCUUGUCUCUAAGGAGUGUUUGUGAAAGCGAACAGCACCCACGGUGAAUGAAAAUCACUGGAAUGGUAACAAUGCUCAAACAGACUAUGGCCUACCAUACUCAGAGUCACGAUAAAACACAGCUUCUGUUGAAUUGAGUCCGUCCUUCAUGCAUGGAUCACAAACUCCAAAAAAUGCAUCCCGUUUCCACUCGUACGAAUGGAGAAUUUUAUACCUGGCACGUGUGGUAACGCAGUAGCUUUAGGAAAUUGUUCCAGAGAAAAUGGUAGAACACAGCAUACCACUUUCAAAAUGUCCUACUUAUACUUGUAAGGAUUGGAGAGGGUUUUUCAUGGAAAAGCUCUCCCAGAGUUAACUGUUCUGACACUCCAACAUCUGCAGGGCAUUUCAACUGGGAUUUCACAAACAGUUACAGCAUUUUCCUGUUCAAGAGAACAGGCAGGUAACAAACUUCACAAAUUUAAACUCAACGAUUUAGCAGGAAUUUCUGUCCUGUAGAUAAAUUGCACAGACUUAAAAUAUUGAAAUUAAUAUAUGUUCAUUCUGCAUUUAAAGUACGUUCGAAUUCUGUGUUGCAAACAAGUGUUCCCUUAUUGACAAAUACAACACAGUUACUAAGGUAGUAUCAAAGUAAACCAAGGUUUGUCAGUAAUCGUGUGGAAUAGAGAUGUUGGUAGAAUCUAGUAAGUUAUUUCAGAGAUUAUUGGCACCUCAGUAAAGUUCAAGAGGAUGAAAUUCAACUUUGGAAAGAUUGCAACAUUGUCACUGGUGAAUCAGCUGCCCAUUUUACACCCAGCCAAAGAUGAAUUUCAGCCCAGUCCUCCAAAGCACAUAUAAAUAUUUUUAGUGUUCAUAUUCAUUAACUUUGUUUCUCAUUCAUGAUGUGUGUAUAUACUGUUCCAUAGCUUUUUCCUGCCUGUUAGAUGCUACUUUCUGCAUUGAGCGACUCUCAAUAUCAAAUGGAAACUAACCCAGUGACACAAAUUGUCAGAAUGUGGUAUAAACUUAAUGAGAACUGAUGAAUACAGGGUUAGUUAAUGCUGAAAUGAAUCCUUGUAGGAGUUAAAAGCAUAGAUGUAUGCAUCCACAGAAUACGAAACGGAAAGUAAACCUUUGUCUUUAUUUAAGAUCCUGUUUACUGACCUAAUACUUUGGCCUCAUUUAAUGUUGAAUCUUAACCAUUUGGCAGCUCUAUUUUAAUUAAAUGUGUAAUUAUUGAAAUAUUGCAAAUUAAACAAUUGUGUGUUUAGGUCUUCAACACAAUAAAGUCAUUGCUUCAGAA